AUGCGAAUACCCCACAGACAAGAUGCCUGGCAUACUAUCCAACAACAAGCUACCCACCAUCACACCCAACGGCCUGCAGGUCGUACUCAGCCUCUCGGGGCAUCGGAUGACGACGUCCCAGAUAAUCUCUACGACGCAAUAAUCGUAGCGAUAGACUUCGAAGACACGCAGCACAUCCUAGCGGACAAGUCUCUGAACCGGGGCGUCCAGGUUGGCCUCGCCAUUCUGGACACCAGAGACCUCACAUACCUCUCUAAUGCCACAAAACAUUGCAUAUCGACAUACAACUUCGCCGGCGGCUCCACGGCAUGCCAAGAAAAAGCCGAGAGGCAGUUCCUCUUCGGUACAACAGUCCACAUCCCGCUGGAAGAUAUGCGCGCGGCGAUCGAGGCGUGCAUGGCCCGGUAUCGCAACAUCAUUCUCGUGGGCUACGACGUCAGUAACGACUUAAUUGCCCUCCGCUAUCUACAUUUCGACUUUCAACAGUUCCCCAUGGACGUUAUCGAUACCCAGUGGGUUGCCAAGGGAGUAGGCGGGUUCCCCUCUCUGCAGCUUCGCAGAGUGCUUCAGGAGCCCGACUGCCCCUAUGAGCGGCUUCAUUGUGCAGGAAACGAUGCGCAUUUUGCAUUGAGGGCACUGCUGCUUUUAGCUGCCCGCGCUUGUGCAGGAAUGGAAAAGGAAGAACAUAUACGUCUGUGGGAGGAUAUUGCCAGACGACCGAUUCAUCCUCCGAAGAACCCAAAGAAGGAAAAGGAGAAGCGCCGGCUCAGCUGGACGUCUCAGGGAGUAUGUUUGGAUACAGACAUCUGGACGGAGUAUAUCAGGAAAAGAGAAGCUACCCUCCAGCAGUGCUAUACACCGGUGGAAGCGCGUGUAGAGCCGGUAUGGGUCAUCCUGCUGCUGACAUGGGUCGCCCGCGGCAUGCCCCGAUACCCGGGGCAGAGUAACCCCAAGGUCGCCUUCAUCUCGGACAUCGCCUCGUUCGAGCUGAAGCCGCUGUUCCUGGUCGGCUCGGCCAUCACAGCCGUCGGGUUCGUCCUGACCGUCGCCGCGGUGCACGUCGUGCGAUACGAGCCCGGCUUCGCGCUGGUACGAUCAACAACACUCCCCGACACCCACGACGACGACGAAUCCGACCCGCCCGACGAAGACGACAACACCACCCGCACCCUCAAACUCAUCUCGCUCCUCGCCAUCUUCGCCGCCGGCCUCGCCGCCACCGCCCUCAUCCUGCUCAGCGUCAUGGACACCUUCCGCUACAAGGUCGCCCACCACGUCUUCCUGCGCAUCUGCUUCGCCGGGCUCGCCGUGCAGUCCGCCUGCACGGCUGUCGUCUACGCCCACGAGGUCACCGGCUUCGUCUCCUACGUCCACCAUCUCGGCAUCUGGCAGCACGACUGGGGGAAACGGAGUCUCCGCGUGAGGGUUUUGUACGAUGCUUUCGUUCUGUGA